CCCCAGGACCCUGCUGGGAUUUUUGAGUUGGUAGAAGUCGUCGGCAAUGGGACCUACGGGCAGGUCUAUAAGGGCCGCCAUGUCAAGACAGGGCAGCUGGCAGCCAUCAAGGUCAUGGAUGUUACUGAGGACGAGGAGGAAGAGAUCAAGCAGGAGAUCAACAUGCUGAAGAAGUACUCGCACCACCGCAACAUUGCCACUUACUAUGGGGCCUUUGUCAAGAAGAGCCCCCCAGGGCAUGAUGACCAGCUCUGGCUGGUGAUGGAGUUCUGCGGCGCUGGAUCUGUUACUGACCUGGUGAAGGGCUCCAAGGGCCACGCGCUGCGCGAGGACGUCAUCGCCUAUGUCUGCCGCGAGAUCCUGCGGGGCUUGGCCCAUCUGCACGCGCACAAGGUGAUUCAUCGUGACAUCAAGGGGCAAAAUGUGCUGCUCACCGAAAACGCCGAGGUCAAGCUGGUUGACUUUGGGGUCAGUGCACAGCUGGAUCGCACAGUGGGCCGGCGCAACACCUUCAUUGGCACGCCCUAUUGGAUGGCGCCCGAGGUUAUUGCCUGUGACGAUGACCCCCAUGCCACCUACGACUGCCGGAGUGACAUCUGGUCCCUGGGCAUCACUGCCAUCGAGAUGGCUGAGGGAGCCCCCCCACUGUGUGAUAUGCACCCCAUGCGUGCCCUGUUCCUCAUCCCACGGAACCCCCCACCGCGCCUCAAGUCCAAGAAGUGGUCGAAGAAGUUCCUGGACUUUGUGGAGACCUGCCUGACCAAGGCCUACACGAGCCGCCCAGGCACCGAGCAGCUGCUGCAGGCACCGUUCAUCCGGGACCAGCCCCCUGAGCGCCAGGUCCGCAUCCAGCUGCGGGACCACCUGGACCGCGCCCGGCGGCGCCGCGGGGAGAAGGAUGAGACGGAGUACGAGUAUAGCGGCAGUGAGGAGGAGGAUGAUGGCCACGGCGAGGAAGGGGAGCCCAGCUCGCUGAUGAAUGUCCCUGGGGAGUCGACGCUGCGCCGUGAGUUUCUGCGCUUGCAGCAGGAGCACAAGGGGGGCGUAGGGCCCGGGCCUGGUCCUGCUCCUGUGGCCCCGCCCCCACCGGGUCCUGCCCAUGACCCCGAGGCCCAUGUGCAGCGACUCCUGCUGGAGCGGCAGCAACGCCUGGGUCAGCAGCGUGAGGAGCGCCGGCGCCUUGAGGAGCAGCAGCGCCGGGAGCGGGAGCAGCGGAAACUACAGGAGAAGGAGGCACGCCGCCGGGAGGGGGAGCGGCGCCAGGCUGAGCGCCAGCAGGAGUUCAUUCGGCACCGACUAGAGGAGGAGCAGCGCCAGCUCGAGGUCCUCCAGCAACAGCUGCUGCAGGAGCAGGCCCUGCUGCUGGAGUACAAGCGGAAGCAGGUGGAGGAGCAGCGCCAGGCAGAGCUGCUCCUGCUCCAGCAGGAGCACGCCUUCCUUAGCGCCCUGCAGCGCCAGCACCAGCAGGGGGCGCCACCUGCUUCGGCCCGCCCUGGCCAGGGGGAUGAGCGGGCGCGGCUGAGCAAGCAGAGCUCCCCUGUGGCGCCAGCAGGGGCGGGGUCCAUGCCUGAGGCCCCCCUUCCUCCUGGCCUCACCCCUGCUGCCCAGACUCCCCCCAUGCAGCGCCCAGUUGAGCCCCAGGAGGGGCAGCACAAGAGCCAUGUGGCGCACCGUGUACCGCUGAAGCCAUAUGGGGCACCGGUGCCGCGGUCCCAAUCCCUGCAGGAGCCACCGGCCCGGGUGGGAGGAGCCCAAGGUAGGCUUGCCCGGACACCUGGGCUCUCUGGGAGGGAGGGGGCUGAGGGUGAGAACGGGAGGGGUGGGAGCCUGGAUGCCUGGGUUCUCUCUAAGGAGAUUGCGCCCCCCCAGGUACCACAACGAACUUCAUCCAUCGCCACCGCCCUCAAUGCUGGCAGUGCUGGGGCCAGUGCCCGCCCCACCCAUGCCAUCCGCGCCAGCAACCCCGACCUGCGCCACAGUGACCCUGGGUGGGAGCGGACGGACGAUGGGCACCUGCCCCAGGCUGGGUCCCUGGAGCGCAGCCGUGGCAGAGCCCCGCCGCCACUGCGGCCCCCUGGCUCCCCUGUCCUGGCACCUGGUACCCCCCCGAAAGCUGAGGACCCGCGCUCCCGCCCUGGCCGGCCUGCUAGCUACAAACGAGCCAUCGGCGAGGCGGCAGUGGCGGCGCUGCGGGAGCGCCCGGAGGAGGCGCCACGGCCCCCCCAGAAGGCAACAGAUUAUUCAUCCUCCAGCGAUGAGCCUGGCUCCAGCGACGAGAGCGAUGGCGACAGCCCCACUGCACCCCCUGCCAGGGACGGGGACACAGACAGCGUGAGCACUAUGGUGGUCCAUGACGAGGCACCUGGCCCCCACGGACACUUCGGGGGUGAAGGGACCCUGCCCCGGCCCCGGAGCCCAGAAGUGGAGUGUGGUGCCCGCCGAGUCCCCGACACCAAUGGCUUCCCCCCCCUGCCCGAUGUGCUGCUGCCCAGUGAGGGGCCCCCCCGAGCUGACCCCCCCGGUGACUCUGGCCCUGAUUACCAGUCACGUGGGCUGGUGAAGGCCCCUGGGAAGGCCUCGUUCACCACCUUUGUGGACCCGGGGCUCUACCAGGCCGGGGGGGACCCCCUACCCCUCAUCGGACCAGGCCGAGCAUGGCCAGGGGUCGAGAGCCGUAAGGGCUCGGUGGUGAAUGUGAACCCAGCCCCCCCACGGCCCCCCAGCGACGCGCCCGAGAUCCGCAAGUACAAGAAGCGUUUCGGAUCUGAGAUCCUCUGCGCCGCCCCCUGGGGUGUGAACCUGUUGGUGGGCACGGAGCAAGGGCUGCUGCUGCUGGACCGCAGCGGGCGCGGGCGUGUCUAUGGCCUGGUCAGUCGACGCCGCUUCCAGCAGAUAGACGUGCUCGAGGGCCUCAACCUGCUCACCACCAUCUCUGGGAAGCGCAACAAGCUGCGCGUGUACUACCUGUCUUGGCUGCGCAACAAGGUGCUGCGCAAUGACCCUGAGGUGGAGAAGAAACAGGGCUGGGCCCCCGUUGGCGACCUUGAGGGCUGCACCCACUACCGCCUGGUGAAGUAUGAGCGCAUCAAGUUCCUGGUGAUUGCACUGAAGAGCUCAGUGGAGGUCUACGCCUGGGCCCCGCGGCCCUACCACAAAUUCAUGGCCUUCAAGUCGUUUGCGGACCUGCCGCACCGCCCGCUGCUGGUGGAGCUGACAGUGGAGGAGGGGCAGCGCCUCAAGGUGGUCUACGGCUCCAGCACCGGCUUCCACGCCAUUGACGUGGACUCGGGCAACACAUAUGACAUCUAUGUGCCCGUGCACAUCCCUGGCCCAGUGACACCACAUGCUAUCGUGUUCCUGCCCGACGCCGGUGGCCUGGAGAUGCUGCUGUGCUAUGAGGAUGAGGGUGUCUAUGUCAGCACCCACGGGCGCAUCACCAAGGACGUUGUGCUGCAGUGGGGGGAGACGCCCAGCUCCGUUGCGUACAUCUGCUCCAACCAGAUCAUGGGCUGGGGGGAGAAGGCCAUUGAGAUCCGCGCCGUUGACACGGGACGCCUGGACGGCGUCUUCAUGCACAAGCGGGCGCAGCGUCUCAAGUUCCUCUGCGAGCGCAAUGACAAGGUGUUCUUUGCCUCAGUGCGCUCGGGCGGCAGCAGCCAGGUUUACUUCAUGACCCUCAACAGGAACUGCAUCAUGAAUUGGUGAGGUCCUGCCCCUGGCCUUGUAAGGGGCAGGGCUUUGCUGCCAGACUCCACCUCCCUGGACCAGAGGCCUUUCCUGCUGCUGCUUUGAAUGGGGAAGGGCAUCUCUAAGGCAACUGGUGUGACUGACAGCUGGGGGACCCCCCCUCUUAUAGCCCCGCCCCCAGGGGGCAUUCUACUUGAUUGCUGCCCCCCAGAACCAGCUGCAUUUUGGGGUCCCUGCGUGGCUAGUGCCCCCCAGCUGGAGGGGGCAGGGGGGACCCUGGCGUUGUCUCUGCUUUGCUUAAUUACCCCCAGAGCCAUUAAUUACCUCCCCAGUGCAGCCUGGGGUGAAUGUUGGGGCUAGCUCCCCUCCCCCAAGUCUGUAUAUUUUGCUCUAAUUAAUCCUAUUUUGUUAAUUCCUUAAUGAAGCACUUUAAUGCCCCCCCACCUCUGUAGGGGGGGUCCCCUGCUUGGUGUGGGGGUUGGGGCCAGCCUGGAGGGGGUGGGGCUAGCAGAGGCUCCCCCCCCUUUUGGGGGGGCUGAUGGCUGCUGCACUGCA